GCUCCGCGGCGCCGGGGGCGGGGACAACCUCCUCCCGCGGAGCGCGGGGCCGCCCCCUUCCUCGCUCGCUAGCUCCCAGCUGAACCUCGCAGCGAAGAAGACAGAGUCGGCUCGAAGUUCCCGGGUUGGUUCUCGUCCACCUGGCAGCGACGGGAGGAGGAACAUGGCGCUCGUAGGCAACCGAGUGGAACUAGAAGCGGACGAGGACAUCUUUGAAGAUGCCUUGGAAACCAUCUCUAUAUCUUCUCCCUCGGACAUGGCAACAAGCAACUUUCAUUUUGCAUCACGUGAUACAAAACGGGGGCCCAGACAACUUGGAGAAUCUGAUAUGAGCAGUUCAUCAACUAAGGUGGAUCUCAAGAGUGGCCUAGAAGAAUGUGCAGUGGCGUUGAACUUAUUUCUAAGUAACAAGUUUACAGAUGCUUUAGAACUGCUUCGUCCAUGGGCCAAGGAGAGUAUGUACCAUGCUUUGGGCUACAGUACCAUUGUGGUGUUGCAGGCUGUCAUGACGUUCGAGCAGCAGGACAUCCAGAAUGGCAUUUCUGCCAUGAAGGACGCUUUACAAACCUGCCAGAAAUAUAGGAAAAAGUGCACUGUUGUAGAAUCUUUCUCAAGUCUUCUUUCCCGAGGAUCGCUGGAACAACUGAGUGAAGAGGAAAUGCAUGCCGAAAUCUGUUAUGCUGAGUGUCUCCUGCAGAAAGCAGCACUCACGUUUGUGCAGGAUGAAAAUAUGAUUAACUUCAUCAAAGGUGGACUCAAAAUUAGAACAAGUUACCAAAUAUAUAAAGAAUGUCUUUCUAUUCUUCACGUAAUUCAGAAGAACAAGCAUGAGCAGGAAUUCUUCUAUGAGUUUGAAGGAGGUGUCAAGCUUGGAACAGGGGCCUUUAAUUUGGAAUUGGGCCUCUUGCAGUUACGGGAAGGUGCAUCAGGAAAGAGCAUGAGGUCUCCACUCUGCUGCCUAACCAUCCUAGCCUUCCAUACCUACAUUUCCCUGAUACUUGGGACAGGAGAAGUGAAUGUGGUAGAAGCAGAGCGGCUCCUCGCCCCCUUCCUCCAGCAGUUUCCAAAUGGCUCACUCAUGUUGUUCUAUCAUGCUCGGAUUGAGUUACUGAAAGGGAAUAUUGAAAAGGCACAAGAGAUAUUUCGAAAAUGCAUUUCAGUUCAAGAAGAAUGGAAACAGUUUCACCAUCUCUGUUACUGGGAGCUAAUGUGGACUUCUAUAUUCCAACAAAACUGGAUGCAGGCAUAUCACUAUUCAGAUCUACUUUGCAAAGAGAGUAAAUGGUCAAAGGCAACAUAUGUGUUCUUGAAAGCUGCCAUUUUGAGUAUGCUUCCAGAGGAGGAUGUGGUAGCAACUAAUGAGAAUGUGGUAACUUUAUUUAGACAGGUGGAUGGUUUGAAGCAGAGAAUCGCUGGUAAAUCUCUCCCUACUGAGAAGUUUGCUGUGCGGAAGGCACGGCGUUACUCCCCCUCCUUGCCUGCUCCCGUGAAGCUCAUCUUGCCCGCCCUGGAAAUGAUGUAUGUCUGGAAUGGUUUUCCAAUAGUGAGCAAAAGAAAAGACCUUUCUGAAAAUCUCUUGAUAACUGUUGAAAAGGCUGAGGCAGCUUUACAAAAUGAGAGCUGCAAUGAUUUUUCUAUGGAUGAUGAGUGCUUAGUAAAAUUGCUUAAAGGAUGCUGCCUCAAGAAUUUACAGCGGCCCUUGCAGGCUGAGCUGUGUUUCAACCACGUGCUGGAAUGUGAAAAGCUACUGAAGUAUGACCACUACCUAGUGCCAUUCACUUUGUUUGAGCUUGCGUUUUUGUAUAAAAGCCAAGGGGAAAUUGACAAGGCCAUAAAAGUCCUAGAAACUGCAAGAAAUAAUUACAAAGAUUAUUCCUUGGAGUCCAGACUACACUUCCGAAUUCAAGCAGCUCUUCAUCUGUGGAGAAAAACAUCUUCAGAUUGAUCAGAACAUGAAGGAUGGAAUUUUCCUUGAUUAGCAUCGGCAUCUACUAUACAUUAAACCUUGUAUUAAAAUGGAAAAGUGAUCUUGUGAAUAACAGACAGCAGAAUAGUUUGUCAAUAUUUUCUAUCAUCUGAGUGGUUUAUUGUUGGUUUACAUAAUCCCACUCCCCUCCACUAUGGAAUGACAUUCAGUACUAUCUAGAAAAUUCUCAUACUUUGUUUCUCAAAAAGGAUUUCAUAUUAGACUUUCAGGGAGUGGAAACGUCUUUUAAAAGACUCACAGGUACAAUAAAGGGUAAUUUGGAUAUUUAUUUUUUUAAUGUGGAAAUAUUAUUUAAGUAGCAAAUGCUUUUACAAAUUGAGCCAUUUUUAGUUUGGUCAUGAAUCUUCAGAGAUAUUUUGUUGUCCAGUAUUUAAAUCUCAGAGAGGAAAUAACACAUUCAAAAUAGUUUAAUAGAUUUUUCAAGAUUCUGAAAAAGACAAGAAGAGGACUUGAGUUAGGUUAAGAUAGAUUGAAUUUGAUAGGUUGAAUAGAACUUUAUCUAUAAGAGAUGAUAAAAUUCUAGGUUACUGAAUUUUUAUUCCUUAUGUUUGUUAAUGUUGGUGAUAUUUUGAGAGUAUCCUGGUUUUGAAUGCACUUAAGUCUAUUUUAACAACACUCAACAGCAUUAGACACAGUCCCUGUGUAUCUAUUUAACAGGAGAAAAAGUCAUAUUUAGAAAUUAUCCUUAGCUUUAGCAGUGAAGCCUAAAAUAUACAUCUUAUUUUUCUUAUAGGAAGCAAAGUUCCUGCUGCUUUAAAUGAUAAUAUAAAAUAACAAUAAUUUUUACACUUAAAUGUUGGUAAGAUCUCAUUUUCUAUUCUCUCUAGCACUGUGAAGGUUUCUUAUAAACAUCUGGACUGUUCUUUUCCCUUGGAAACAGAUUCAGGACAUGGAGCUGGAAAGAGCCCAGUUCUGUUUUGUCCUGGCUUUGCUACUGGUGAGCAAUUUAACAGGGUGACCUUUCGGAGACUCCCUGCACUUCCUGCAUCACCAUAUGACUUCCAAGGUCUGUUUUAGUUGUUUAACUGUGAGUCUGUGUAUUAGGCAUUUAUUUCCAACAAACAGUGCUCAAUGUUUAAUUGAAACCAUUCCACUUAGAAUGUUGUAGUUUUCAAUCAUUUUUGUUUCCUGCAACUUCUCAAUAUGUAUGUGUUAUGGUGAAGGACCAGGUUCCAUCCAGUGAGGAGAUGUAAUUUAUGAGUCAAUGAGAUUUGGUUUUGUCUUAUUUAUAUUUCUGUUUUGGAGAAUUGUAACUUUCCCUGGGUAGUUCUAUAUUUUCACAGAUCGAGAGUCAGGAGUUCCUCUGUGUUAAUAGUUCUAUGAUAGACCAAGUGACUUACCCAUUUUGGGGCACGGUUUUCCCAGUGAGGAUAGCAAGACGUAUUUGUGCCAGUGAGUGCUCGGCUAGAUCAGACAGAUAGUAGCUUUCAGUAAACUGGGGGAGUCUUGUGAAUAUGGGUAUGUAAUGAUUAUGGGUUUACACCGCUAACAGUUUCCGUGUAAAAUAUCAAAUGAGUCUGUGGGCCCUAUUAUAUGAUGAAAGAAGUAGAAGUUUAAAACCCUUUAUAAAUUUGUUCACAUAUUAUAAAUUUGAUCGUGUGUUUGGUACCAGUAAUAGUCCAGAUUAUGAAUUUGCUCCUCACUAUUCUCAGAUACAGGACCCUGUGCCCAACAGUGCCUAAUGUAUGUAUGUAGUGUGUCUGGAUCAACACUGAGGAAGUAUUUCCAGGAGAAGGAGAUUAGUAAAAUCUGAGUCAGAGUACCAUCCUUCCAGAUAGUAGAGGGGCAGAUAGUUAUAUAUCCUAUUAAUAGAAAUUAAAUAACUUUGGCUACAGACAAGAGAAAUAAAUCCAUUAAUGCACCUGUUAAUGGAAAAUAUAUUCAGUAAUUAUUGUGAAUAUAACUUUGGGAAAAAGUUUAUAAAUUCCUUAGAAGAGCUCUGGUAGC